AUGUCUUCUAUGAUUACGACUACAACAUGGGUUAAGCGCGGUGUCGCUGCCCAGUUCCCUACCAAAUAUGAAAUUGACGAGGCGGAGAUGGGCCGUAUAUCCAAGCUUGCACGCAUGCAGCUUGAGGAGGCUAAGGAAGAUAUGAGUGCCGCCCAGGCUGGCGAGGAUGAUGGUGACAAUGCUAUGGAGGAGGAUACUGAGGAGAAGCCCUCAACCAAGGCUGAGGAUACAACGAAUGACGAUGAUGAUGUGUUGAAGGAGUUCGACAUGGAUAACUACGAUAAGGAGGAGGUUGAUGAGCACGGCGAGAGGGCUACGAUGUUCGGCAAUGUGCAGUCCCUGGCUUACCACCAGCCGAACGAGGAAGAUCCGUACCUCGUGAUUCCCGAGGACGAGGACGACGAAGAACGCGAGGAGCUCCAGAUCAUGCCCCACGACAACCUUCUCUUGGCCGGAAAGGUGGAGGACGAAGUUGCGCAUCUCGAGGUCUACGUCUACGAAGACAAGGCCGACAACCUCUACGUGCACCACGACAUCAUGCUGCCCGGCAUUCCGCUCUGCACAGAGUGGCUCGAUAUCCCCGUUGGCCAGAACACAGAAGGUCGGACACAAGGCAACUUCGUCGCCAUCGGAACCAUGGAGCCCGAUAUCGAGAUCUGGGAUCUGGACAUCGUCGACUGCAUGUACCCCAACGCCAUCCUCGGCCAGGGCGGCCACGACGCUGAGAAGACAAAGAAGAAGCAAAAGAAGAAGUCCAAGGCCAACGACGAGUACCACAUCGACGCCGUCCUCGCACUAGCCGCCAACCGUCAACACCGCAACCUGCUCGCCUCCGCCUCCGCCGACAAGACCGUCAAACUCUGGGAUCUCACCACCGCCACCUGCGCCAAGUCCUACUCCAAUCACAAGGACAAGGUCUGCUCACUAGACUGGCACCCAACCGAAUCCACCAUCCUUCUGAGCGGCAGCUACGACCGCACCGUCGUAGCCGCCGACAUGCGCGCCCCAGACGCCCAAGCCCGCUGGGGCGUCGACUCUGACGUCGAAUGUGUCCGCUGGGACAUGCACGACCCCAACUUCUUCUACGUAACCACCGACGGCGGCAUGGUGUACCGGUACGACAUGCGCAAUGUCCCCGCCACCCCGGCCGAGUCCAAGCCCGUCUGGUCUCUGCAGGCACACGACGCCUCCGUCUCCUCCUUCGACAUCAACCGCUCCGUCCCUGGGUUCCUCGUCACCGGCUCAACAGAUAAGCAGGUGAAGCUGUGGAAUGUCGAGAACGACAAGCCGAACUUGGUUGUCACGCGCAAGCUGGAGGUCGGUAAAGUGUUCUCUACUUCUUUUGCGCCGGACCAGGAGGUCAGCUUCCGCUUGGCGGUUGCGGGUAGCAAGGGUAACGUGCAGAUUUGGGAUGCUUCGACGAAUGCCGCUGUGCGUCGUGCUUUCGUCUCUCGUCUGCCGGACUUGGCUGGUGAUGUUGAGGAGCGCAUGGUUGGUAUCAAUGCUGAUGAUGAUGAGUCUGAGUCUGAUGAGGGUGAGGAGGAUGGGGAGGAUGAGCCUCGUGCUGAUGGCUGGGAGUCGAUGGAUGAGGAUUAG